UUUUUUUUUUUUAAAAAAAAAAAAGAAAGAAAGAAAUAAAUACUCUAUUAGAAAGAUGAGACUUGUUACUAAUACUGAACAAGAAAAUGCUUCUCGUUAUGCCAUGAAAGGCUUUGCUAUUGGGGCAGCACAAUGGGCAGGUGUUGGUCUCUUUGCAUCUGGUUUACUUUAUGCUUUUAUGCCUUGGUAUCGUAAAACUCAAACUGUCAAUAAGUUUUACAUUGUUAUGUGUUUUGGAUUAGGUGGAGGUGCAUAUAAAUCAGAUAGAUAUAUGGUAAAUUACGAACGUAGAGGUAGAGCACAACAAUUAGAUGAAGAAACAAAAAAGAGAUAUGAAUUAUUAUAUGGAGAUACUUUUGAGGACAAGAAAACUGAAUAAAGUGGAAAGAAAUCGAAACGAAAAUACUACAUCUUCAAGUAUUUUACUUGAUUUUGUAGUGUGGUUUUUUGUUCUAGUAUAAGAGGAAGCAUUUACACAUACAAAAGAAAUAAAAUGUUUGUAUCAUUUA